CUGGCCAGACUGUUCCUGCCUUGCCAAACGGCUCUGAGGCUGACAGCUGCUGACUGCCUCACAGAGAGAAGAUGAAGUAGCUACAGAGAACAACAAGGAGGACAGUUUCUUCAGGAAGAGGGAGUAAUAAGCGCUGCCUGCUGUGACUUUAUAACGAAAGGGAGAGGGAGAGGAACAAUGUCCUAGAGGAGGAGGAGUUGUUUGGACAGAACUGAACGGCCUGCAGGGCCACUACUGACAGGACGAGCCGGUCUAGCCUACCGCUGCGCGCCCGUGACGGUCGGUAUUCCAGCUGUUUCUGUGGGAAACCUCUGGGGAGAUUACUCAGGAUGCAAGCAUCAGCUCUGGAUAACCGUUAAACGGCGAAGGCAAAAGCCUUACAGCUGCAGCAUCCGAGAAAGACCGGUGUGCGUGCGCGCGCGCAUGCAACAGAGCGUGUGUGUGUGUGUGUGAGUGCGUGUGUGUGCGUGAGUGCGUGUUUGUGUGUGUCACCAUGAGUCUUGUGUCGGGCUUUCCUCACCACACGGUCAUGCACCACCACGACAGCCAUCACUACUCCCUGCACGCUGCCACGGCCGGUCGGUGUCACGAGGAGACCGGUGCUCCUCCUUACUUCACGAGCUGGCUCAUAAGCCACGCGGACAUGUCUCCCACUGAGUACAGCCUCGCGCCCGGCUACAGCCCAGAGUACCAUGGCAACAGCGGCGGCGGGUCUACGGGCGGCCUGGAUCCCCACCAUCACCAUCACCACCACUACGGACCCGGCGGCUUGGUUCCAGGGGCCGGCACCAUCUCAGUGAACGGAGCUACGGUCGGUAUGCACCACCACCACCACACACACCCACGGACGGUGAAGCGGAGACCCACGGCCAACCGUAAGGAGAGGCGGCGGACCCAGAGCAUUAACUCGGCCUUUGCGGAGCUGAGGGAGUGUAUCCCCAACGUCCCGGCCGACACUAAGCUGUCCAAGAUCAAGACUCUGCGGCUGGCCACCAGCUAUAUCUCCUACCUGAUGGACAUCCUGGACAAGGACGGACAGCACGGAGACACGCAGGCUUUCAAGGCCGAGCUGAAAAAGACAGAGGCUCGGGAGGAGCGGAGGAAGAGAGAGGCGGUGGAGAUCCCUAAGACGACUUCAUCAUCAUCACCUUCAUUCUCAUCGUUGUCCUCCUCAUCAGCGGGCGACAGGAAGAGUAAAGGACGGACAGGGUGGCCUCAACAUGUCUGGGCUCUGGAACUCAAACAGUAGCGCCUCCCUCCCUCGCGCAGGUUAACAGCACUCCCUUGCUCCUCCAGCCUUGUCCUGCAGAAGAGUGAUGGGACAGUACUGACGCGCUCUGAUGAACUGUAAUGGCUGCCAUCAUCGUAUCUCUGGACCUUGAGGCUGUCAACUUCCCACAGAACAGUGGACGCUGUAUAAACUUUUAUAGCUGUGUUCACUUUUUUUUGGAGUAGAUUUAUAACUCCCCCACCUUUCAUCAGCAGAGACGCUUUCCGUGGCUUUGUGCUGUGUAAGGGUUUGACCUUGAACCCUGAUUUCCUCUUUAAAGUUUACCUCGAGAAAAAAACCCCACUAAUCACAGAU